AUGUGGGGGGACACUGGGCGCAUUUGGGGGGAGACUGGGCGCAUCUGGGGGGAGACUGGGCACAUCAUGGGGGACACUGGGCGCAUUAAGGGGGAGACUGGGCGCAUCUGGGGAGAAACUGAGCGCAGGUGGGGGGAGACUGGGCGCGGAGUCGACCCAAGCGGCGCAGGUGAAAGCGGCGCAGGGGAAAGAGGCACAGGUGAGAGCGGCGGAGGUGAGAGUGGCGCAGGUGAGAGUGGCGCAGGUGAGAGUGGCGCAGGUGAGAGUGGAGCAGGUGAAAGCGGCGCGGGUGGGUGCGGCGCAACGGUAUUCAGGGGGCUGGCGGAGCGGCCGAGCGGUCGGCGCGCAAGGGGGCUCUUGGCGGAGCCGGAACGUGUAUGCGCGGGGCUGACAUGCGGGGAGACGGGGGACUGCACGGAAAGAGGACUGCGCGGGCGGAGGGGCGAGGAGGGCGCGAGCGCGGGUAACGGGCUGCGGAGAGGCAUAGGGCUGCGCGGAAGAAACGGAGAGGUGGUUCCGCCAGAAAGCGCGGAUGCGCUUUUCCCGAAUAGCGGCGAGGAGUUACCGCGGCCAGCAACCGGAGAGGAGAUUCCUCCCGACAAGGGGGAAGCGCUUCCCCCCGACAAGGGGGAAAAGCUUCCCCUCGAAAGGGGGGAGCGGCUUCUCCCCGCAAAGGGGGAAGCGCUUCUUCCGGGUAGCGGGUUGGAGGGGCUUUUGUCGGCUAGCGGCGAGGCGCUGCGCGCGGACAGUGGGCUGAACGCGGCCGAUAGCGGACUCGACACGGGGCAAGGGCUGGACGCUGCUGACGUGGCAGCGGAAGAGCAGCACGGGCUGAGCUGGCGCUCGAGCGUCGAGCACGGGGAGAUGGCGGCGGGAGGCCCCGUGCAGAGGAGCAGGCGGGGGGGGAGGAACGCGCCGGGCUUCCGCCAUGCUGCUCCGCCGCCGCCGCUGCCGCCGUCCCCGCGCCAUGCUGUCGCCCCGCCGGCCUCCGCCGCGCGGCGCCAAAGGCCGUCGUCCGCGGAGAUCCCGCCGCCACAAGCUGGAGACGUGACGGACUUCUCCCACUCAUGGUUCGGUGACGAGCCUGUUCCCGAGCCUGUCCUCAAGCCUGUCCCCGAGCCUCCUGUUACCGUUCCGUGGCGCUGCUGGGGACAGCUGAGCGGACUCGAAGUGCGCAUGCUUGUUCCACGCGACUCCGCCGUCUUUCCCCUUCCGAGUUGGGGGGAAGCGCAAUCUGGGUCGACCCGCGCAACUGCCUCCCCUCGCAUUCCUCCGGCGCGGGGCGUUUCGCGAGGUGAUGAUGGGAUCGAAAAGGCGCGGGUUGAAGGGGUGCGGUUCGAAAAGGCGCGGAUCUAA